ACUCUAGCAUAGUAGCAUUGUGGUUGGGACUCGAAGUGUAAGCACUAAGUGGUUGAGGAAAUGGGAACCCUUGGGAGAGCGAUCUACAGCGUUGGUAACUGGAUUCGAGGGACUGGACAGGCCAUUGAUCGUCUCGGUUCCCUCCUCCAGGGCGGUUACUACGUCCAAGAGCAGCUGUCUAGGCAUCGAACUCUGAUGGACAUAUUUGAUAAGGCUCCUGUUGUUGAUGAGGAUGUAUUUGUUGCGCCUAGUGCCUCCGUCAUUGGAGACGUUCAACUUGGAAGAGGAUCAUCCAUUUGGUAUGGAGUUGUCUUGAGGGGUGAUGUUAACAGCAUCAGAGUUGGAACUGGAACUAACAUACAGGACAACUCUCUGGUGCAUGUUGCAAAGUCAAAUUUAAGUGGGAAGGUGUUGCCUACAAUUAUUGGGAAUAAUGUUACUGUCGGCCACAGUGCUGUUAUCCAUGGUUGUACUGUUGAGGAUGAGGCUUUUGUUGGUAUGGGUGCAAUACUACUUGAUGGUGUAGUUGUUGAGAAAAAUGCCAUGGUUGCUGCUGGAGCCCUUGUCAGACAGAAUACAAGGAUUCCUUCUGGGGAGGUAUGGGCAGGCAAUCCCGCAAAGUUCCUGAGAAAGCUCACUGAUGAAGAGAUAGCUUUCAUCUCCCAGUCAGCCACCAAUUAUACUAACCUUGCACAAGUCCAUGCAUCUGAAAAUUCAAAGUCUUAUGAUGAAAUUGAGUUUGAGAAGGUGCUGCGAAAAAAGUAUGCACGUAAAGAUGAGGAGUAUGACUCUAUGCUGGGUGUUGUUCGUGAGAUCCCACCGGAGCUUAUUCUUCCUGAUAAUGUCUUACCUGAUAAAGCAGAAAAAGCUCUUAAAAAAUGAGGUAUUUAAAAGCAGUGUAUUUCUAUUCCAAUCUUGAAAUGACAUCAUGGGACUCUUAUGGUUUUUUGCAAAUUCAUGGAAGAGGGAUUUUUUUCGUUCCCAAUAAUACCUGACAUUUUCUGCGAAAGAAUUGUGGCUCCUUACAAUCCAGGAAGCAAUUGUUCCAUAAAUUUCGAACUGUGUUCUCUAAUUUGGGAGAGGCAAGUGCCAUGUAGGAUAUUCUAUGCUGAUCUUUAGUGUAUGAUGUAUCCAAUGCAAGUGAUUUCACAUUUUUUCCCCUUAAUAUUUGUCUGUUCAAGACUUUGUUCGUCAACUUGGUUCAUAAGUUCUCGUUGACAUCUUUAUUAAUGAGGACACCGACGCCUGGGUUUUUGUCGUCAGUGUGGAUACAUGCAUCUUCCUUUUUA